AUGGCUUUGGCACUUGUGGACUCGGCAUCUGAUCAAGAGGGUCAAAAAGAGGCUAUACAACCAUCACAAACCGCGGCAAUUGCUCCUUGUGACCCAUGGCCGAAACCGUAUUAUUUGGAGAAGGGGUUUCGCCGGGUUGCGCCAUACCACUAUACAUACAAUACCUACUGUAAAGAAAGAUGGAGGGGAAGAGCAUUGUUUGACAUAUUUGCAACUGAGUUUAGGGAUAGGCCUAAGGAGUACUAUAAAGAAGCUAUUGAAUCUGGAAAUGUAACCAUAAACGGUGAGGCAGCCAGCCUUGACACCAAAGUGAAAAAUGGUGAUAUAAUAUCACACACACUUCAUAGGCAUGAGCCUCCCGUUACAAGUCUCCCUGUUGGGGUGAUCCAUGAAGAUGAUGACAUGAUUGUAAUUGAUAAGCCUGCAGGCGUCCCAGUUCAUCCAGCUGGACGCUAUAACUACAAUUCUGUGGUUGAAAUAAUGCGCGCGGAGCGGGGCCAUGGUUUCAACCCUCUGCCAUGCAACCGCCUUGAUAGACUGACAUCUGGGGUCAUGUUCAUUGGAAAACAUCCUAAGGCUGCUGAAAGGAUUAGUGAAGGCCUUAGAGCACGCACAAUGCAGAAAGAGUAUAUUGCCCGUGUGAAAGGGAAAUUUCCAGACGGCAUUAUUCUCUGCGACCAACCAAUGCUCAAAAUUAGCCCGCAGCUUGGCCUAAACAGAGUACGAGCUUCAGGAAAAGAUGCGCGAAGCAAGUUUCGGAGGUUGGCAUACUAUCCGCCAUCCGUGAUACACAGACACACUUCUGUAGAAAAUGAGCCAGCUACUCCCCCUGCAACAUUGGCUGAUGAUAUACCCGUUGAUCUCUCUGAUAUUAAUGAAAAACAAAAUUCGGGAACGCUCCCGUCAUCUGAUGACGAGGGCUAUAGUAUAGUCCACUGCUUGCCCCUUACUGGGAGGACCCAUCAGCUGCGCGUGCACCUUCAAUUCCUUGGUCAUCCCAUUACCAAUGAUCCAAUUUACUCUAAUAGACGGGUAUUUGGUCGUAAUCUAGGGAAAGCUGAUAGUACUGGUGAGCAUGAUAAAGAAAUAAUAUCGCGACUCUCAAAAAUGGGCAAGACCGAAACAUCUCAGACCGUUGGAGAUUUUCGAUUCAACUACGAAACGUUUCAGACUCCACCUCCGAAGCAUAUGACGAAUGGCGGUGAUAGCGGCGUGAUUAAUGACCUUUUAGCUCGUGAGCAUGACAAGAUGGUUUCAGAUUAUUUAAAACGCAAAGGCGAGAAAAUGAGUGGUGAACAGUGCGAGGUCUGUGGCACCGAUCUGUAUAGUGACCCAGGGGUACACGAACUAGGAAUCUUUCUUCACGCGGUAUCCUACGCGGACCUCUCUGGCGAUUGGAAAUAUAGAAGUAAGAUGCCAAAAUGGGGUAUGCCCCCGGAAGGUAUGGAUGGGCCUACAAGUGUCCCAGAAUGGUGCGAAGAUGGUGAAGAUAUCAUAGUUGGGCAAGGGAGAGCCGAGGGUGAGACGGCUCUGGUAGAAGGGGUGGGCACCAUUAGUAUUCCCGAGAUGCUUAGUGGGGACAGAAUUUCGGCAGAAGAUGUAUCCGCCGCAGCGGUAGCGUAA